CUUAGAACACUCUAAGAAACGCCUGACUGUAGACACGAUAACUGUUUUAGACAGUGACACAAAUAUAGCAGACCUUAGUAUUAUGAUACUUGGAAAUUUGAACACAGAUGCAGGAUUUCUAGAAAAUUCUAGAAUUCCUGAAAAGACUAUCGCUGAUUUUUCUUACAGGGACUUACAAGAUGGCAAUGUUUUGUUUGUCCACACAGGAGUUAAGAAUUCCAGGCUGGUUCUACGAGCAAGUGAUGGGGAGAAAGUCAGCAACACAGUUGUGUUGCGGAUUGUCGCUUUACCGUUGCAUUAUAAAUUGGUCAACAACACAGGAGUUGAGGUGGUUCAGGGCAAUGUGGCCAUGAUCAGUCUCAGUCAUUUGGCCAUUGAGAUUAACAUGGUUGAGCAAGAGCUGGAGAUACGAUAUGAGAUCACAGAUCCACCUUGCUUUGGAGAAAUCCAGAGGCGCCAUGGUGCUGGAGAAUGGAAGAAAACAAUAUCUUUUUCUCAACGCUCCAUUGAACGUGGCCGUGUAAGAUAUGCUUCUACCUUCAAAGCCAUGCAAAUGGAUAAUGUCCUGGAGAACUUUAAAUUUAAAGUUACCAUUGGUAGCAUAAUAAGUGAAGAGUUUCUGUUUCCUGUCAUGGUGAAAUGGUUGAGGUAUAACUUCUUGAGACAUGUGCCAUUAGUAAUUGAUAAAUCAAAGCGAGAAUACCUUACCUCCAGCAAUCUUCUUGUUGUGAUUGCAGAUGCGGAAGUUCCAGAAAAUGAAUUGUAUUAUAAAUUAUACUCAUUGCCUGAGAAAGGAAGCAUUCUGCUUAAUAAUUUACCUUUGCAAAUAAAUUCAAGCUUUAGCCAGCAGAACAUUUCUGAUAAUAAAGUGGAAUAUCAGUUGAUCAAUAGGCCCCUUGAGGAAACCCAGGAUUCAUUUCAGUUUCUAAUUUUUACAAAAUAUGUGAUAUCAAAUACCUAUGAUUUCAAAAUUGACAUUAAAACAGACCCCUGGAGCAUUCUUUUGACAAACAGUGGUCUCACUGUUACUGAGGGAGAAGGAAAACUGAUAACAGAAUUGGAAUUAUUUGCACAAACCAUUGAUGAUAAGACCUUCCAGUAUAAAGUUAUCAAGAGUCCUUCCCAUGGAAAGUUAGCACUUAUUAAUUUUUCUGAUUCCCCAGAAAGUAACAAUAAUCUCACUGGUUUCACAAAUCAGGAUAUAAUUGACAAACGUCUUAUGUAUGUGCAUGAUGACUCUGAAACACAGUAUGAUGAAAUUGAUAUCACAGCUACUGCUAUAAAAUUUGGGGAAUGGGCAAACUCUGACAUGGGAACAAAACCAUCUUUAUCAGCGGAGAUCAAAUUUAACAUUUCUAUCCAGCUGAAAAAUGAUGAGAAACCAGUACGUGUAGUAGAUAAGGUGUUUCAUGUUGUUAAGAAUGGAAGGAAGCUGUUGACAUUGGCUGAUCUUUGUUACCAUGAUCCUGAUAUUGAUUUUGAUGAUAUGCAAUUGUUGUAUACAAGGCGUGGCAUUCCAAAUGGAGACUUGGUUUUUGUCAACAAAACCUCUCAAAGACUCUAUCAAUUCAAGCAAGAAGACUUAGCACGAAAACGAGUCCUGUUUGUCCACCAUGGAGCAAACUAUGGCCGUUUUGUGCUCUUCGUCACUGACGGGAAGCACUAUACAUCAUCACUGCUAGAAGUAAGUGCUUCAGACCCUUACAUCCACCUAGCAAAUAAUACAGGUUUAUUGAUCCAGAAAGGAAGAGCAGAAACAAUCACCACAGCUAAUUUGAGUAUUACCACAAACCAAGACAUUAGAAGUGAUCAUGAAAUUGCGUUUGAGAUUUUUUCAUCUCCAAAGUAUGGACAGGUCUUUGUAAAUAAUUUAUCACAGGGUACUUUCACUCAGCAUGAUCUUAAAAUGGGACAUGUGACGUACAGGCAUGAUGAUAGUAGCAAUUUGGUUGACAAGUUUAACUUCACAGUAUAUGCUAAAAGGGUCCAGCUGGAUGCUGAAAUGAAUAUCCGUAUAUACUUGGAGAGCCAUCAGCGUCCACCAGUGAUUGUACAUAACAGCAGCCUGUUGGUUGAAGAAGGAAAACCAGUUAAAAUCAGUAAAGGAAAAUUGCUGGUUGUGCAUGAAAACAAUUUGCCAUCAGAGAUAGAGUUCAAAGUAAUGUCACCUCCACUCUAUGGGUACCUUCGGAAGUUUACAUCAGAGGAAGGCUAUUUUGGAGCAGAAGAAAAUCCAGUGUUGUCCUUUACCCAGCAAGAUAUCAAUGAUGGGAACAUCCAAUAUGUGCAGACCAGUUCCAACCAGCUCCAAGAUAAGUUUUCUUUGGACGUGACUAACGGCAUCCAGGCAGUCAGUGGAAUAAAAAUUGUGGUAGACAUCAUCCCAAAACUCAUCCCAUUAGAAGUACACAACUUCACAGUUGCCGAAGGGGGAUCAAUAACUCUGGAAGAAGAUUUUCUAAAAAUUGCUAAUAGCCAUUUUGUGGGGCUCAAUUGUGAAUUUAAUGUAAUCGAGGCACCAAAAUAUGGGCGUAUUUCAACCUCUCAGUUUCCUGGAGUGGCACUAACUAAAUUCACAAGGAAACAGGUAGAACAAGGAUUAAUCUUAUAUAUUCAUGAAGAUAGUGAACAGCUUCUUGACAGUUUCACCAUCAUAGCAAACAGCACAGAACUAUGGAAACAGAGUCUGCCUCAAAAGAUAUAUGUGAUUAUUACACCAGUAAAUGAUGAAGCUCCUGUUGUAAAGAGAAACAAAAUUCUUCGGGUCUGGGUGGAUUCAGUCACGGAAAUAACAAUGAAUGAUCUUUGCACAGAAGAUAAAGAUUCCAUUCCUGCAGAACUUGUGUAUUCUGUUUCUCCUCCAAACAAUGGUCACCUGGCUCUCAAGUCUUUUCCAAACAAAAGUAUCCUUAAUUUUACCCAAGCUCACAUUGAGGAAGGACAAUUAGUGUUUGUUCAUAGGGGUGCUAUGUCUGGGGGCUUCAAUUUUCAGGUUACAGAUGGCUUGAACUUUUCACCCCGGCAAAUAUUUAGCAUCACAGCUCGAACCCUGGUUAUCCGGCUGGAAAAGAACAAUGGAUUGGCAGUUUUUCCAGGUUCCAGGAAAACAAUUACAUCCCACAAUUUGAAAGCUGUCACCAAUGAUAUGGUUGAGGCAGAAAACAGAACAAUAUUUUUUACUGUUACAAAUUCUGUGAAACUUGGAAGGCUCAUCAGUGUGAACUCUGGUAACAGCACACAGGAUAUUUCAAGUUUUACGCAACUGAUGGUGGAUAAAGGGAUGGUCAUCUAUGAACAUGGAAAUAAGGAAACAGUUGAUUGGGAUACCCAAGAUUAUUUUACAUUUACCAUGUCCUCCCCACCAGCUGUCCUGGGCCCUCAAGUGUUUCACAUUAAUAUAUCUUAUGGAAUUAAAGGACAUGGUCAAAGUAGUCAGCUACUGGCAAACACAGGUGCUGUUGUACAGGAGGGAGGCAAAGUUUUAAUUGACAAAACUAACCUGGAUGGUUCAAACUUGCUCUUCAAAUUACCUGAGGCACAGCGUUCUGCAUUUGAAGUGUGGUAUGAAGUUGUAAAAUUGCCCCAACAUGGGAGAAUUAUUGUGGGAGAAAGAAACAUUACAAGAGAGAAACCUAAUUUCUCCCAGUACAUCAUAAACAAAUUUGGAAUCACCUAUAUGCAUGAUGAUUCUGAAACACUCAGUGAUCAGUUCAUAUUUGCUGUGUGGUUAAACCAGAAGGGCAAGUCUACAACAAAACCUGAUUCUGAUAUUUUAGAAGAGUUAUUUAAUAUCACUGUUGUGCCAGUGAAUGACCAAGCUCCAGAACUAAAGACAAAAAGACUACAUUUGAAUGUUUUACAAGGAGAUACAGCAGUUAUAGGGUCGGAAAAUCUGAAAGUAGAAGACUUAGAUAACACUCCAGAAGAAAUCAAAUACACUAUCAUAAGUGACCCCCCAAAUGGUUAUUUAGCAUUCUGGGGUCAUCCCAAUGAAUCCAUCAAAGAUUUCACACAAGCAGAUGUUGAUGAUGGAAGAGUCUUGUUUGUUCAAGAUGGAAGUUCUUCAUCUGGAGUUUUUUACUUUAGUGUGACAGAUGGCAAACACCGUCCACUGUACAAACUCUUUAGCCUUGAAGUUACACUCCUGUCAGUUACCUUAGUCAACCUAACAGAGGUGGUGCUUCCGCAGGGACAGAACACUGCUGCUAUUACAAACAUACAGCUUUCUGCAGCAACAAAUGGGGAAAAUACUGAGAUCAUGUUUGUAGUAACGGAACCCCUCAAAUCUGGACAUCUACAAAUUGGCAAUGAACAGGUAACCACAUUUCGUCAAAGAGACAUAGAUGCAGGAAGACUGUCAUAUUGUAUGACAGACCUCACUGCAGUUGGAGAUACAGUGGAAUUCAUGGUGUUCACCUCGGACAGCAAUCUAACAAGACAGAUUAUGAAUAUUACAGUACAACCCUUUGUGCAAAUGGUGCUUGACCUGAUCGUUCCAAAUGGUAUUACCUACAAACUAAAAGCAAGUGAUUUGGAUACUACAAAAUUAGCAAACCUAACAGAUAGUAUUCCAGAAUUUGAAAUAAUUGUGUCUCCUAUUUAUGGAAGAGUGUUGAGGAAACCAUUGGGGAGUGUUAAAGCUGAAAGAUCAGCUGUGUUCACACAGAGUGACCUUGAGAGCGGUGUUGUAUUUCUUGAAGCACAUGCCAAUAUGACAGAUGUUGAUAUUCUAAAUGAUUCUUUCACCUUUAUACUCCGAGCAGACAAUGUGCAACCUGCUGUAGGUCAAUUUCACUAUGCCAUAGUGCCACAUGACCCUUCAUUACUCCAGAUGUUUGCUUCAGAAGUGCCUCUCUUAACUAGCACAAAUAUUUUAAAGAGCUAUACCAUGGCAAAAAAUGAACCUCACAUCAUUCCAAAAAAGGACACACAUACUGAAGCACCAGCACAGACACAGUGGCACAACCAAAACCACUGGGUAAAACUGAAAGACAGAGAGAAGGUGUAUAGCCAGGAAGUUGCAAGGGAUAAAUCUGUUUGGGCUGAGACCACAAUGAAAACAAGUGGUAAAAGCACCGAAGAUCAGUCCCUGCGUAGUAAUAACCAGCUGUUCAUCAUUAUACCACUUGCUUCUGUGGCUGUUUUAUUUAUUGUGACUGCUAUUGCUGUUUGCAUCUUUCUAAUAUGUCACAAACCAAAGAAGGCCAAACCUCUCAUUGCUGAACAUCCACCAACAGCCCUUAGUAGCCCGGGCUUUUCUCCUGAAAGGAGUUUAACUGUUCCGACAGUCACAGUGACACCCCUGUUAAAAGGUACAGGUAAAGCAACAGCUCUCCCAUUCUCAACCCUUAGACGGGAACCACUUCAGCCAGUGCCUGUUGCUCCAGUUCCAGCUUUGCGAGCUGCAGAAGGACUUCUGCAAAGCAGCUGGUCCAAACUUGACCCAGAUAUGAUCCAACACUGUCGAACCACCAAUCCGACUUUGAAACGCAAUCAGUACUGGGUAUAGUGUCACCACUGGAGAAUGUGCAGACUACCAUUGCAUUUAACAACUCUAGAAAGUUUAUGUAUUUUGAAAUAAUGUAUGCAUUUCCUGUUUCAAGAGUGGUCAACUUUGGUGCCUCCAGGGGCCAUUUUCUGCCCAUUGAAACCCAGGGGUGGGGUCACAUAGACUGCCAAAAAAUGCUCCCAAAUGGGGAAAACACAUGUCAAACACAUGACCAGUAGUCCCAUUUCUGGUUUUGAAAAAAUUGAAUUUUUACAGUGUUAUACACUUCAGCGGGAUUGUGCAAUCUAUUUAAAAGGUGAAUCACUGCUCCUCCCUGUCAAGGGGAGUUGAGGGUUGUAAAGUAGUCUGACCCUGGAUGCAGCCCAAGGCCAACUAUGUGCUGCUCUAAUUGUUGCACAGUUCAAAGCUUAGAGAAACCAAUAGUAAACCUGAUGAGUUUUGAACAAGUUCACUGAGGUCUGUCAUGGCUAGCCAAGAGCAGCUCUCGGAGGAGGAGGAGGAUGAGCCUCCUCCAGAGCAAGAGCUAAUUGAGGCUACAACAGGUGCUCAUCCUGUUCUGCCAGGUCCCAGCUGUGAUCCCCCAGCCCCAGAGGAGGAGGCUCAGCCAGGUCCUAGUGCUAGUGAAAUGCCGCCUGUGGUACAACAGCCUAGUGGUGACUGGGAAGGAAUCAUGUCUGGAUGUGCCUACCUAUAAACAAAGAAGGGCUGAGAGUGCUUGCAGGCACAGGUCCAGGAGAAUUGCAGAGAGGCAAUUAGCAAACCAGCUUCAGGGGGCACGGGGGAGAGUUUCCCUUACUUAAGCUGUAGAGAGGCCUCAACUCAGUGCUAGAGUUUAUUGCAUGAUUCUUUGGUGUGAUUUCUGCCGGCACUAGCUCCUUGUAUCUUGACUCCUUGUUGCUUUGACCUUGGAACGGACUGGACCCUUGUUAUCUUCUGGCUGCUUUGAUCCUGGACUGAUUUGACUACUCUGACUUCUGGUAUCCUGACUUCGGCUUGGCUUUCGGAUUGCUCUCUAACGCUGACUCCUUGCAAGGUCUGUGGACUGUUUCCACUUGCUGUGCUAAGCCGUUCUUAUUGGCAUAGACUGGGUGUGCUGGCUGCAGUCUAGGACAAGAUCCAACUGAGGUAAUCCCUUUAUGAACAAAAUACAAUUGCCUCUCCUUUCUCACGGACUUGAGAUCUGCGUUCACAGAGGGGUGACCUCCAUUAUCCUUGAUGGGCCAUGCCCCCAUGGCGCAUACCUCCACAUGCUCACGGGGCAUGCCCCAUUCAGGCCCCCAUGGGCUUGUUGCAAGCUGCUGUUUUCGUGGGAGGGGGGGGUCUGGAAUGGAUCCCCUGUGAAAAUGGGGGGUUGACUCUAAGUAGGCAGAAAAACAAUGAGCACUGGUGACUAAAUACUGUAAAACCACCAUAUCCCAUCUGAUCUUGGAAGUUAAGCAGGAUAAGAUCUAGCUAGUACUUUGAUAUGAGAUUGCCAAUGAAUAUCAGAUACUGUAAGGCAUAUCAGUGAUGUUAUUAAAGUGACAUCAUAGCGAUCUGUGUUGAGUGACACCCCAGAAGAAAGGUGACACCCAAUCAGACAUUCAUCCUACUUGGGGGGGGGGGAGGGGGAGCAUCCCUGGCCCUGCUUCCCCACAGUGAUGGUGGUUCCUCAUGAGGAGGCACCACCACUGCAAGCAAAGACAAUGGCAAGGACCAGCCCUUGUCUCCCUGUGAUGGUGGAGAUUGCUCUUGAGGAGCUGCCACUGCAAGGAAAGGCAAGGCUGAGCAUGCCCAGCCCUGGUUCCCUGCCAUAGCAGUAGUUUCUAUAGAGGAGACUGCAACCCCUGUGAGGAAUGAGAAGGCCAAGCACACCAGUUGAUUCCUCACGAGGAGACUGCCACCACCAUAGGGAAUGUGAAGGCUGAGUGUGCCCAGCUGAGUGCUUCUCCACCACAGCUGCAGUCUCCUUGUGGGGAGGCAGCUGCCACGCUGGCAAAGGAGAAGGGGUGAUCAUGGUCAUGCCCUUCAGCAUCCCUGCCUCCUCAACCAAGUGACAUCAGUGGGGGCAACAGUGCUGGGAUAUAUUUCAGAGGAAGGAACUGGCAAAAUCACCCCAUAUUCCUUGCAUAAGAAAAUCCUGUGAAAUUCAUGGGGUCACCAUAAGUCAACAGUUGACUUGAAAGCAUACAGUAUAUGCACACAUCCAGUGAGCACUAGACUUUACCAACAGUUGUGUUGUAUAGGGGUCGAAUUAGACAAUAUUGGUCUGGUACAGAGGCUGCUCUUUUCUUCUCUGGAUUGUUGCCGUGGCAACCACACAGCCACAACAAUGAUCUGGCCCAAAAAGGCUGUAAGCGCUUUGGGGCGGUGUGGUGAGGUCUUGCAUUUAAGCAUGCUUUCUUAUAUGACUGAUCAUGGGAAAGUAAACACAAGCCUAAUUUGCACGUUUUAAUGCUAAAGUAUGUAUCUUUGAGGAAAUCCUAUUGUGGUAGGGAAAGCAAGUUGAUUGUAGGGAAUUUGCCCACAGUGCUAAGAACUCACAAGUUGGAAUGGAAAUGUGAGUGACUGAGCUAGAAAUUAAUCAGUGAGUUAUUUAAGCUUGUGUGUUUUGGGCUUUGUUCUAAAUUCAGUUAGAGGAUUGGUACAGCCACAGCCCUUGCCAUAGACUGAUAAUCUGAAGCUUCCAGAUUUCACAGUACUCUUGUCAUGCAACAAAUCUUGAAACAAAUUUUGUCCUAUUCAGCCUUUGUGCCUUUGUCUUGGGUAAAGGGUACAGAACAAUGCACAGUGGGUCCACAUUGAUAUCCCUGUGCUUGUCAUCUCCUCUCUCCUCUCCUUUCUUGCACUGAGUGAGGAGUCUAAAGAAGAUUUUUAUUUACACUGAGCUUUAAAACCUUGGAAAACUUAAGUUUUGGACUAUAACUCUUAGAAUGUAUCUGCUGAAACUGUAUUGUGGCCUUGCCAUCUGGGGGAUUCUGGGAACUACGGUCCCUAAAAGUAGCUUUUCCAAGUUUUGAUUACAUCCUAACUAACCCUAUGGUAGUGCUUGUUCCAUUAUAUAUUUUUAAGCUUAGAGAGUUCCAUGGAUAAUUAUGUAUUUCCCCCCCCCCCCA